AUGAAGAAGAGUUCCCUACAAAUUCAGCAGCUGUUCGAAGACGACUCAUCAACAAAAACUACGAAUGCAGCGCAGAGAAAGAAAUCGGAAAGUUCUGGUAAGAUCAAACAGUCCGCAAACUUGGUCAAUAAGUCCGUAGGGACCGCAAACAAACAUUCAUCUCAGACAGCAACAGCAUCUCACGAAAAGAAAUCCAGGGGCAGGCACGUGCAACAGGAUCGUACAGUGAUGACGCCAAAGACAACGAUCACUAAAUACGGGGAAACCUUAUCUGUCUAUGAGCUCGACGAAAUCAAACUCUACCCUAAAAUCUACUGUUUCGGCCAGCACGCCAAUAAAAUCGGCGCAAAAGGACAAAGCUCCAGCAGCAAGAACAACUACGACUACGACGACAGUGAACAUUUCUACAAAGUCAUCCCAAAUGACCACAUUGGCUACAGAUACGAAAUAGCAGACAGACCGCUGUUAGGACAGGGCACGUUUGGACAGGUAAUUAAAGCAUACGACAUGAAAGAAAGACAGUUUGUGGCUCUGAAGCUUGUAAGAAACGAGAAAGAUUAUUUGAAGCAGUCUCGGGAAGAGCUCAGGAUACUCCACGUGUUAAAGAAAUACGACAUUGACGGGACGUUCAACAUUGUCACCGUUAAGGAAUUCUUUAUGUUUCGCAACCACAUGGUCAUGUCAUUUGAACUGCUGGGAGUAAAUCUGUAUCAGGCGCUCAAACUGAACCUGUUUCGUGGACUGCCAAUGCCAAAGGUACGGGCAGUUGCCAGGGCAAUACUCAAGAGUCUUGAGCUCUUAUUCAAGCUGCGGAUAGUACAUUGUGACGUGAAACCAGAAAAUAUAUUGUUUCGGAAAAACGGUGAUUACAGUUCUGUCAAGCUUGUAGAUUUUGGCUCUAGUUGCUACGAACAGAGUCAGAUCUAUCGUUACAUUCAGUCUCGCUACUACCGGGCACCGGAAGUCAUCCUUGGAUUUAGGUAUGGCCCUGCCAUUGAUAUGUGGAGUCUGGGCUGUGUCCUUGGUGAGCUUGCGAAAGGAACUCCGAUCUUUACGGGAGAAGAUGAGUUCGACCAACUGGCAGCCAUUGAGGAAGCACUUGGCCCUGUCCCUAGCAAUAUGGCAAGUAGGAUUAAACACCGACCGCCACUGAGGAAAGAUCGAGGACCACCGGGCAGCAAGCCACUAAAGACCAUUUUGACUGGAGACGAUGUUUUCAAGGAUGUACUCAAAAUGAUGUUGGAGCUUCAUCCUGAUGUCCGACCCACGCCAAUGGAGUUGCAAGACCACCAGUGGUUUAGCAUUUCACUGUCUGCGCUGGACAGGAAGCAAGCAUCGCAGAUGACAGCCUCUUCAAAUACCAGCUACACUCGGAAAUAA